AGAGUGUCGAGGAACUGAAAUAACUUCGCGUCAAUGUUUUUCUCUCUCCCACGAAAACAGUAAUUAUUGUAUGUUUCUAUACGGGAUUAUAUAUAUCCACACGCUGCAAUUUUAUUAAUGAAUUUAUUUAACUUAUUUUGAGUGCAUUUUUCUUUGUGUUGAUCUUUCUAUCUCGGACUGUUAUUUUUUCUAUCGCUUCUGUUCUCGUCUAUUUUGGAUUUUCGAUCUUGGAGAAGUGAAAACUAAUGCCAGCCAGAUAGGUCCACACCAUGAGCAACAGAAGCUUUUUGGAUGACUAUUUGAAAAUAUGACAUAUAUAUUGGUUUUAUUCGCUCUGCGCUUAUGGCUUGCACGUGUUGAUGCAGAUGUAGUGAAGUCAGUGUCAGUGAUGGAGGGAGACUAUGUCACUCUUCACACUGAUCUUGCUAAAAACCAGACAGACAUUACAAUAACAUGGAGUUUUGGACUUGAAGCGACUCGUAUAGCUGAUAUCUUAAAAAGGGAUCAAAUGAACCAUUUCUUUGUUAGUAAGGAUGGGAUAUUCAGAGAUCAUCUACAGUUGGACAAUCAGACUGGAUCUCUCACCAUCACAAACAUCAGAACUGAACACACUGGACUUUAUAAACUAUUUAUUAGCAGGGACAAGGUCUCAUUUUUUGUUUUUAAUGUUACUGUACAUGCUCGUCUGUCUGUUCCUGUCAUCAUCAGAAACUCUUCUCAAUGUUCUUCAUCAUCAGAAAGAUCUUCAGUGUCAAAAUGUGUGUUGUUGUGUUCAGUGAUGAAUGUGACACAUGUGAGUCUCUCCUGGUACAAAGGAAACAGUUUAUUGUCCAUCAUCAGUGUGUCUGAUCUCAACAUCAGACUCUCUCUACCUCUGGAGGUGGAAUAUCAGGAUACAAACACAUACAGAUGUGUCAUCAACCAUACCAUCACAAACCAAACUCAACAUCUGGACAUCAACAAUGUCUGUAAAUCAUGUUCAGCACUCAUGAUGAAGCCACACUGGGUGGGAAUCACAGUUUUUAUUGUAAUGCUGGUUAUGACGACUGCAGCUCUGGGUGUAAUGUGGUUUCUCUACUACAGGAAAACUAGACACAGAGUUCAGACUCAUGAUGAGGAAGAGAUUCAUUAUGCAGAUACAACAUUUAGUGCACGCCAUAAUGAGAUUUCGUUUGGUGUUGGUGCAGAUGAAGUGAAGUCAGUGUCAGUGAUGGAGGGAGAUUCUGUCACUCUACACACUGAUCUCACUCACAUACAGACAGAUAUACAGAUACUCUGGACUUUUAAACUAAACACUCGUUUGGCCGAAAUCAUUAAAAGGGAACAGAUGAACACUUUGUCCGUUAGUAAGGAUGUGAUAUUCAGAGAUCAUCUACAGAUGAACAAUCAGACUGGAUCUCUCACCAUCACAGACAUCAAAACUGAACACACUGGACUUUAUCAACUACAGAUCAUCAGUGACAAGAUCUCAUUCACAAGUUUUACUGUUAUUGUCCAUGCUCGUCUUCCUGUUCCUGUCAUCAUCAGAAACUCUUCACAAUGUUCGUCAUCAUCAGAAAGAUCUUCAGUGUCAAAAUGUGUGUUGUUGUGUUCAGUGAUGAAUGUGACACAUGUGAGUCUCUCCUGGUACAAAGGAAACAGUUUAUUGUCCAGCAUCAGUGUGUCUGAUCUCAACAUCAGACUCUCUCUACCUCUGGAGGUGGAAUAUCAGGAUACAAACACAUACAGAUGUGUGGUGUCCAAUCCAGUCAGCAACCAGACUCAACAUCUAGACAUCACUCAUGUCUGUCAGUCAUGUUCAGCACUCACAAUGAUGCCACACUGGGUGGGAAUCACAGUUUUUUUUGUAUUGCUGGUUAUGGCGACUGCAGCUGUGGGUGUUUUGUGGUUUCUCUACUACAGGAAAACUUGACUUGGGCAAGUAUUAUAUGUU